CUUCGCGAGAAAAUCUGUCGUGUGGCAUGAUAAAAUUGUGUUACUAAUUCUUAUUUUAUUGCUAAUGAUAAAAUAGGAAAAUCCUACUAAAUACAUUGAAAAGUUAUGUCGGAACACGUUUUACCCUCUGAGGAGCCCGUACGAUUUGUGGCUCCUCUUAUUCAAGAUAACCCUACAGGAUGGGGCCCGUGCGAAAUGCCGGACCAAUUCCGGGACAUGCCCUACCAGCCUUUCAGCAAAGGCGACAGAUUGGGCAAGAUAAGUGAUUGGACAGUUGUGCAGGACAAGAAAUACCAGAAUAAGUACGCGUCUCAAUUCGGAGCUGGAUCAUCCUACGCGUACUUCCAUGAUGAGGACGAGAGUACGUUCCAUCUGGUGGACACGACCAGGGUCCAGAAGCCGCCGUACCAGCGAGGCAGGGCUCGCGGCCAGCGCGGUCGUGGUGCGAGAGGCGCUCGCACCGCCGGCGGAAUGACCACCUUGAACAAGCAACAAAGGGAGAGAAAGCUCGGUAAGAGGUGGGGCCAGCGUGGUGCACCAAUGAAGAUCAGGGAUGCCUCCGUCACGGUGCGUCCUACCUGGGUCACCAUUGAAGAUAUGGACUUCCCCAGGCUGGCUAAGUUGUCCUUGCCAGGAAUUAAAGAAGGUGAGGAUAUUGCAUGCUGCGGUACCUUGGAGUACUAUGACAAGGCCUAUGACCGUGUGAAUGUGAAGCAGGAGAAGCAACUGCAGCGCAUUGAUCGCAUCUUCCAUACGGUGACAACUACUGAUGACCCGGUGAUCCGUCGUCUCAGCAAGACUGUGGGCACUGUGUAUGCCACCGACACGAUCCUUGCGACAAUCAUGUGCUGCACUCGCUCCAACUACUCCUGGGAUAUUGUCAUUGAGAAAAUCGGUGACAAGCUGUUCCUGGACAAGCGUGACAACACGGAGUUCGACCUGCUGACGGUGAACGAGACGUCGGUGGAGCCGCCUGCCGAUGACGGCAACUCCAUCAACUCGCCCCGCAACCUCGCCCUCGAGGCCACCUUCAUCAACCACAACUUCAGCCAGCAGGUUCUGAAGUCAGGUCAAAACGAACCUAAAUUUAAGUUCCCGGAACCGAAUCCCUUUGUGUCCGAGGAAGAAGAAGGAGAGGUAGCAUCGGUGGGCUACCGCUACAGGAAAUGGAACCUUAAUAAUGGAGUGGUGCUAGUAGCCCGGUGCGAGCACGACGCUGUCAUGGCUGGGCCGCAGAACGAGAUGCAGUUCCUGUCGAUCAAGGCGCUCAACGAGUGGGACUCGAAGCUCGCCAACGGCGUGGAGUGGCGACAGAAGCUGGACACGCAGCGUGGAGCGGUGCUCGCCAACGAGCUGAGGAACAACUCGUGCAAGCUCGCCAAGUGGACCGUUCAGGCGCUGCUAGCCGGAUCGGACCAGAUCAAGUUCGGGUAUGUCUCCCGAGCUCAAGUGCGUGACAACUCUCGUCACGUGAUCCUCGGCACGCAACAGUUCAAGCCGCACGAGUUCGCCGCACAGAUCAACCUGUCCAUGGACAACGCGUGGGGCAUACUCCGCUGCAUCAUCGAUAUAUGCAUGAAGCAGAAGGACGGCAAAUACCUGAUAAUGAAGGACCCGAACAAGCCCCUCAUCCGUCUGUACGACAUCCCGGACAACACGUUCGAGUCGGACGCAUCGGAAGAGAGCGGCGACGAGCCGGCCGACACGCCCUUCGCGCCGUUAUACUCGUACGGCAACUCCAAGAGGAUUUAAACAGAGUCUGUAGUCGAGCGGUAGAGCUCUUACUAUCGUAGAGGUAUUUACGUACAAGAUUUUAUCAAAAAAAUCAAAAACAUUUUUUUUUAACUUUUCCCACAAUACAAAAGAAUGUGGCAAUUAAGAUGUAGUUACAAAUUAUAGCAGGAGAGGAGGUGCCCUAACUAGGUCUCGAAGAUUAUACAGUAUUUUAACUUUGAAAGAAAGCGCGCGCCAUGUCUACGCGCUUAAGGGCCGUACCACAACCACACCACAUCGCAACGACAAAAUGUCGUCGCGCAGUGG